UACUUUUGAGAACGUUUCAUUGCUUUGUUUGAAAUCUAUAAUCAAUAAACUCUUUUCUGUAAAUAAUCUGUUUUAUAAUAAUCAAAAUCGGAAUCAAUAUUUCUAACACAACAUUAACAUGAUAAUAAGACUUGGUAAUCUUUUGGUCGUUGCUGUUUUUACUGCUGCUGUGCCUUAUAACUUGCUUAACCAAAUCCAGUCAAAACCUACUAAUAUAAGUAGCUCUAAAAAAUCGUUGAUUAUCAAUGGGUUCCAUGCAGUGAGUCAAAGACCAUUCUUCGCUCUUGUGCGCAUACAGGAUGCAGCAGACUACUGUGGGGCAACUAUAAUUCACAAGUUUUGGGUCAUCACUGCUGGACAUUGCAUAAGCACUGCAGCUCG